GCUUCCCUGUGGCGCGCUCUUGAAGCUAAGUGGUCGCCAUGGAGCUGUUAGGAGAGUAUGUGGGGCAGGACGGGGAGCCUCAGCGACUGCGGGUGUGCUGUGAGACAUCGGGUGACGCCGACCCCCUCCAGAGCCUGUUGUCGGGCGUGGCCCAGAUGAAGGAGCUGGUAACUGAAUUCUUCGGCCCCCUAAUCCAGCGGGAAGCGCAGGACAGUGUGGCUGCGACCCCAGACGACGCAUUGGAUGGUGAUGAAGAUGAUGCAGAAGAUGAAAAUAACAUUGGUAACAGAACUAAUUCAGAUGGACCAUCUGCAAAACGACCAAAACCAUCAUCUUAGCAAUAGCAUUUAUGAAAUUUAAAAGACUGCUAUUGAGCUGGGCCAGGUGGUGCACAGGUAUAAUUCCAGCUACUCAGGAGGCUGAGACAGGAAGAUCACAAGCCACUCCAACAAAAAAAAAAAAAGACUGCUACUGUAUCCUAAUCAUCACCUUGCUGAUACUUAAGGAAGACUUGCAUUCUAGUUCCGGAACACAUUUAUUUUGUUCCCCUGGGACAAAUUUGUCAGAGAGAAAACUUUGUUUUUACCAAAGCAAGAUAAAAUAAAUUUUUGAGAA